UUCCUCCGCCAUCUUAUGUCGCCUUUCCAUUGUUCAUAACCGAAGCCAGCCGAGGCGGCAUUUCACAUUUACUCUCAUAAUAACCCGAAAUAAGAGGGCAGCGACACUGGAAAGACGGAGAUACGGGUGGAACUUGGGAUCAUCUCAUAAAACACACAACAGGAUUUCCUCUCAGGGUUGUCUUAAUUUGAUCAGGAAAAUAUGAUGGACGACGAGCAGCCCAAGACCCUGUAUGUUGGAAACUUGUCACGUGAUGUGACAGAAGCCCUUAUUAUGCAGCUCUUUGGUCAGAUUGGCCCCUGCAAGAGCUGUAAAAUGAUUGUGGAUACGGCAGGUAACGAUCCAUACUGCUUCGUGGAGUUCUUUGAGCAUAGGCACGCAGCGGCCUCCCUCGCAGCCAUGAAUGGGCGUAAAAUAAUGGGUAAGGAGGUAAAGGUCAACUGGGCUACCUCACCAAGCAGCCAGAAGAAAGACACAAGCAAUCACUUCCAUGUCUUUGUCGGAGACCUCAGCCCAGAAAUCACCACUGAUGACAUCAGAGCUGCCUUUGCACCCUUUGGGAGGAUAUCGGACGCUCGUGUUGUGAAAGACAUGGCAACAGGAAAGUCUAAAGGCUAUGGAUUUGUUUCAUUCUUCAACAAAUGGGAUGCAGAAAAUGCUAUUCAACAGAUGGGAAACCAGUGGUUGGGCGGCAGACAGAUCAGGACAAACUGGGCCACAAGAAAACCUCCAGCACCAAAAGCCACCUAUGAAACACCAAACACAAAGCACUUGUCGUUUGAUGAGGUCGUGAACCAAUCCAGUCCCAGCAACUGCACUGUCUACUGUGGUGGGGUCAGUACAGGCCUCACAGAACAACUCAUGAGACAGACCUUCUCUCCCUUUGGCCAAAUCAUGGAAGUUCGAGUUUUCCCAGACAAAGGCUACUCAUUUGUAAGGUUCGGCACUCAUGAAAAUGCGGCUCAUGCGAUCGUAUCCGUUAACGGCACAUCCGUAGAGGGUCACAUGGUGAAAUGUUACUGGGGUAAAGAGACCACGGAAAUGGUGACCCCCAUGCAACAGGUUCAGGUACCCCAGCAGAACAAAGUUGGCUUCGCUGCACAGCCGUAUGGUCAGUGGGGACAGUGGUACGGCAAUGCUCAACAAAUUAGCCAGUAUGUCCCUAACGGCUGGCAGGUACCUACUUACGGCGUGUACGGACAAGCCUGGAACCAACAGGGCUUCAAUCAUUUACAGGCUGGUGCGGGGUGGACCGGUGUUAGCGCAGUGAGUAACGGAGGUGUUGUGGAGCAGGCACAGGGAGUCAAUGGAGCUGUGCUAGCCAAUCAGUCCAGCAUGGGCACCGCAGGAUACCACACACACUGAUGCCACAAUGGACAACUCUAGCACUCCACCGCAGUUUCAGCAGGGAUUUACACACAACCUCCCCUAUUAAGAUGCCUGGUUUGGGGAAGGGAUGUGCCAUUUCUGACCCUCCCCACCUUCCACCUGUAAACUUGCUCAAAUUUCGGUGGACAGUGAGGCUGAGCGUGUCAUUUGUGGUGGGGUCUUGAGUCGGAAUAAACACACUCUGAUACACAAACAUAUAUUCAGACACAUUAAUCCACACAAAUCCAUAAGCUGUGUCGGCCUGGUGUCCGACCGGCUUGAUUGGAAAGGACAAUGCCAUUUUUAACACGAAAGUACUAUAAAUGAAUAAAAUCAACAAUAACUGCAACUUUUCCAUUUUGCUUUUUUGGUUUGUUAGAGCGAUUUCAGCUGCUGAUUUUGUAAUAUAUUAAGCUUUGCCAUUUUCUUUUUUGGACUUGCCAUUUUAAAUGCAAAACUGUUUGUUUGUUUUUUUGUUCGUUUUUUGAGGAGCGAUGACACCAUCGAGUUGUGUGAAAUGUCAACCUUUUUUUGUUUUGUUUAUAAAAUGAAUAAAAUGGAUGUCAACUGUUGUAUUUUUUUAAUUAGACAUUCAAACUAAACCAAUUGCAGGGAUGACUGCCACAUUUUUUUCUGAAAGGCAGACGAAUAUUGCACAAUAUUAAUACGUUUUCACAAAAAUUUGAUGUUACGCAAAUUUUAGGCAAUUUUAAUUGUUUUGCAUUCCACUUUUUGAGGGCUUCUAAAUACAAUAUACCGUUCUGUGUGUAAAUAACCAAACAACUGUGUUCAACUGUUGGGCCGCUAUAUAAAGGACACUCAUACGUUGAUUAUGGUUGCUUGCUUGCUUGCUUCUUUUGUAGGUGGGAGGGUGGGAUGGGGUAUCUGAACUAUAAUUUGGCAUUUGCAGCUCUGUUAAAUGCUGGUCCAGAAAUAUGCUGCAUUGAAAUGCAGUGCAAAGAUCAAGUCUGAACUUUCUGUUAGAUUUACAACAUUUUCGUGUAUAAAAUCUAAAUGUCAACUUUUUGCAGUGUUUAGUAUUAAGAUGAGCUGGAAUGGAUCAGAAUUUUGCACUGUUGCCCAUUGGAGUUGUAAUAGGUGAGAUCAGUUGUGUUGCCUUAUUUUGAGUUGAUUUCAUUUUUGAGUAAACUGAUGCUCAUGAAACAUAGGCAGUGCCUAAUAAUACGUUGAGAGACAUUUUGUUUUGAGGAUUUCUUAAAAAUAAUGUUCAUCCUACUACAAUGUGUUCUUGCUUUGUCCCAUUAAAAUGCAAAUGCGAAACAACA